GGAGGCCACCAAUCCGGGCCCGACACGCGUCCCCCAUACGGUUACCGGAGCCCCCGCGCCCCACGCGCCGAUGCUAUAAUAGGGGCCGCGUCGCCGCCCCGCCGCAGGGGAUCGCCGACCUCUCGCCGCCGCGUCCAGCCCUCACCCUCCGCAACGGUAAGCCCAUAGACAAGUUGAUCUCAUGUAUUCAGGAAGAACAGUGGCAUCCAGAGUUUCCUGUUCAUCGGGAAACAACGGAAGCUUCCCACUCUGCCUUUGCCCCGGAUUUCUUGGAUUCCCUGUUGUCUCCGUGAACUUCCACCUGUUCAAGGCAAUUGUUCGCAGUCCUGCAUCUUCUGUUGUCUUGGGUAUUUGUGGACGGAGGCUCCCUUAGGCGGAGCUGCUCCAUAAAAGUGAUUGUUGUAGUUUGAGAAUUGAUAGCAGGAAGCCACUCAGUUACCCUUUGCUGGAAUAGUGGCAUCAGGACUCAGAUAGCUGAAUCUUGUGUCCUUAAAGAUGGUUUCCUCUGAGGUACCUUCUGUUACAACAACCCAUACACAGGGGCGCAAGGUCUUUAGAGGGAUGAUACUUCUGCCAAAAGGGCCUCCAGAUGUCAUCCUUCCUGAAAAUGUUGAGUUCGAUUUUAAUGACGUCUUUGGUGCUCCGGCGGUCCAUACCCCCACAGAAGCAAGCAUUCUCACUCCGGACAGCCCUGCACAUUUCGCUGAGUCUGGUGAGGAGGUCUACAAUGACCCUGUAGUCAUCACCAAGCGAUCUCACUCUCUUGUUGGCCCAACUUUGCUUGUUAGCCAGUCCUUGCCACUUAGUAAGCUUACUCUACAUGAGUCAGAGAGCUCAUCAGAUCUUUUGGAGUGUCUGUCUAAAGAUAAACAAAGUAACCAGGAGGCUCUCAGUGAUGAAGAGCUCAGUAAUACAAAGGAGAGUGAGGCUGUUGGGCUAGAUGACUUUGAAGUCUUGAAGCUUGUUGGCCAAGGGGCAUUUGGCAAAGUCUAUCAGGUAAAGAAGAAAGGUACUUCAGACAUAUAUGCAAUGAAAGUCAUGAGGAAGGACAAGAUUUUGGAGAAGAACCAUGCUGAGUACAUGAAAGCAGAGAGAGAUAUACUGACAAAAGUUGACCAUCCUUUUGUUGUGCAACUGAGGUACUCCUUUCAGACAAAGUACCGACUCUACCUUGUCUUGGACUUUGUGAAUGGGGGCCAUCUCUUCUUCCAGCUUUACCAACAGGGUUUGUUUAAGGAGGAGCUUGCGCGCACAUAUACUGCUGAAAUUGUAUCUGCUGUAGCCCACCUUCAUGCCAAUGGGAUUAUGCAUAGAGAUCUGAAGCCUGAGAACAUCUUAUUGGAUGCUCGUGGCCAUGCAAUGCUGACUGAUUUUGGCCUGGCCAAAGAGUUUGAUGAGAACACUAGAUCAAAUUCAAUGUGCGGCACCGUUGAGUAUAUGGCCCCAGAAAUUGUUCAGGGCCGAGGCCACGAUAAGGCUGCAGACUGGUGGAGUGUGGGGAUCCUUCUUUUCGAAAUGCUUACGGGCAAGCCCCCAUUUUUUGGUGGAAAGAGGGACAAAAUUCAGCAGAAGAUAGUGAAGGAUAAGAUGAAGCUUCCACACUAUUUGAGUAGUGAAGUUCAUUCUCUGCUAAAAGGGCUGCUGCACAAAGAAGCUGGCAAGCGACUGGGAAGUGGACCAGGCGGCAGUGACGAGAUAAAGAACCACAAGUGGUUCAAAGAAGUAAACUGGAAGAGACUGGAGGCUCGACAGAUCCAGCCAAGCUUCUGCCCUAAUGUUGCUGGCCAGAACUGCACCGAAAACUUUGACAAGUGCUGGACGAGUAUGCCCGUGCUGGACUCUCCAGUAGCCAGCCCCGUCUCUGCAGAUAGCAACUUCGUGGGAUUCAGCUUUGUGCGUCCAGCGCCGUUUUUUCAGAAGCCAAGUCCUCUAGGCUGAAGGUCUACUUUACAGUGUGUACUACUAAUGAUUUAUCUGUGGAACCCAAUGUCCUAUAUUUGCUCAAGACUAAGAUGAUUAUGUUGUAUGUGCUGUGUUAUUUGUCUAUCCGUCCAGAGGGCAGAUGGGACUUGGUAGCGACAAUGUAUCCCCUUGUUCGUCUAUAGAGCUGCAUCUUAACUUUUUUUUUCCCUCUUGAUUAAGGAAACAAUCAUGUUGCAGAUGUUUAUCAAUGUACUACGCCAAGUGAAACAAGAAAACAAAACUCUGUCAAAUUGUUUCUUCUCGCAGCAAUCCGGUGCCAACAAGUGUGAUCAUCGUGGUCGGUUUUUUGCAAUGUUAGCUCAUCUUGAUUUGCACGCUCGAAUAAGCCUGGCGUGCAUUAAGUUGUCGAUUUAUCCACACGAUCACGAGCUUGUUCCUGUUUUCUGCAACCCGACCGAGUGUCGAAUUUGGGAUAGCCUCAUGGUUGCAAGAAAAACGCCGAUACACAGAAGUAGUUCUAGGUAGGAAUCACACAAGAUUGACGGGUGCCAAGACUCCGGGACCUGCCCCAACAAUAUUAUCACCAUGUCGAUCAGCCGAUUCAGAAUUCUUACAAACAAUUCAUAAACCUCGAGGCUCAAAAUCCGAGCGCUUCUGA